UUUGCUGCUCUCUGUCUUGACUAUCGGGGAGAAGGAGAAGAAAGGGAUUUCAAACGAGAGAGAAAGCAUUGUGAAAGCCGCCAAUUGCGAGUAACUGGGCUCGCGGCGGGAGACAGCCAACCAAGCAGCCCGCGCGAGGGGAAAACACGAAGCGUCAGUAGAGCUCGAGGCGGCCAGCAGCCAAUACACGCGCAGGGGAGGCGUGUCCGCGCGCUGCUCCAGCGCCUCCCCGCGUGGGCUGUCGCGCUCGCGCUCUAAAAAGCACUCUCACCUCCGGAGCGCGCGUCAGUUUUCGGAGUCGGAGCCAUGGCGACGACAGCUCAGUAUAUCCCGCGGAAUAACUCGUUGCCUUCCAACCCUCUCAUGCACCCGGACUCGGACCGGAUGCACCAGGGCACGACCUAUCGAGAAGUGCAGAAGAUGAUGCACCACGAGUAUCUUCAAGGGCUCGCGGCGUCCAACGCGGGCCACCCGAUGAGCCUGACGCACCACCAGUGGCUGCCCACAUCCGGCGCGGACUGGAGCAGCGGGACGCACCUCGGCCAGCAGCCGGAGCACAAGGCCAGCGUGCCUGCGAGCCGCGAGGAGCUGACCAGCGGCUACCACAGGUCGCACCUGGUGCACCAAGCUGCACAGAACGGUCACCACGGCUCGUGGGCGCCGAGCAGCACCACGCAUCACCUGUCACCGCUGUCGCCCGCUUCCGGGGGCCACCAGUCACUGGUCUACUCUCAGACGGGCUAUGCUAUGCUGAGCCCGCAACCGUCGCUGCAUCACGGCAUGCGCGAGCCGCUGCACGACGAUGCCGGCGGUCACGAACACCAGCUCGAGUCGCCGCAGCAGCCGUUUGGGCACCACCAGGACCACUCAGACGAGGACGCGCCCAGCUCCGACGACCUUGAGCAGUUCGCCAAGCAGUUUAAGCAGCGGCGCAUCAAACUCGGCUUCACGCAAGCGGACGUGGGGCUUGCGCUCGGCACGCUCUACGGCAACGUGUUCUCCCAGACCACUAUCUGCAGGUUCGAGGCGCUACAGCUCAGUUUCAAGAACAUGUGCAAACUUAAGCCGCUGCUCAACAAAUGGCUAGAGGAGACAGACUCGAACACAGGCAGCCCGACUAACUUGGACAAGAUCGCGGCGCAGGGCCGCAAGCGCAAGAAGAGGACCUCGAUCGAGGUCGGGGUGAAAGGGGCGCUGGAGAACCACUUCCUCAAGUGCCCCAAGCCCUCGGCGCACGAGAUCAGCACGUUGGCCGGCACGCUGCAGCUGGAGAAAGAGGUCGUGCGCGUGUGGUUUUGCAACAGGAGACAGAAAGAGAAAAGGAUGACCCCGGUGGGGGUCGCGCAUCCGAGCAUGGAGGACGUUUACUCACAGGCGGAGACCCCUCCGCUUCACCACACGCUACAGAGCCCCGUCCAGUGACUGUCCUCCUGAGUGAAGCUCUUAUUUCAACACAAACAAAACAAGAACAUCGAUAGAGAAAAAGGGGACUAGGGAUUUCACAGUAUUUAAUUUUUUUUGCAUUUGUUAUCCCGAGUGACAAUGCACGCAGCAAAGUUGGGUGAAAAAGAGUUUCUGGCCGCAGACCGGAGACUGUGGCGCAACAACAGCAGACAGGACGCAGAUCAUAAAGGGGGAACAAAAUGCAUGAAUGACUGCAGAGUCAAAUUGAGGUGCAUUUCACUAAAAUCGUAUUGAUUUGAAUGCGUUCUGGUGGAGAAAAAGAAUAAUUCGAUUAUUUCAGCGCUGCUCAAAAGGAGCCAUAUGCCACAAAAGAGAUGUUUUCUCUCCUCGCUGUCGCAGGUUUAAUCCGAGCUGGUGGUUGUCUGAGCUGCUGUCAGCUAAAAGGACACAGUCACGUUUUCUACAUUAUAACACUUAACACAGUCACUGUUGCGGUGUAGUUGUCAGAUCAUUUUUGUGAUGUUUACUUUAUUUGGGAUGUUUUAACCUUUUUCCGUUUCAAUGUUGUGUUUGUUUUACUGUUUCUGACCAUUUUGGACUUUUUCGUGUAUUUUUUGCAUUACUGACAGCUCACACAUUUUGUCAGCGCCACUGAGCCAUAAUUUGGAGAUGUAUCUUGUUUACAGAUGUCCGAUAUAUUAGCACCUGAUUUCCUCUAACCUGUAGAAAAGAGGCUACAGUCAGUCAGCCUUCAUGGGCUGAAACACACGAGUUUGUCAUUUUGCGUUUCACUAUUUUCCCUCUUUUUUAUAAGCACUUAUUCUUGCGUUAACAUGCUCGCAGUUAUUUAUAUUUUUGUCAUGAUGACUAAAGUGUGAUAGUUUUGUGAUAGGAUGUACAACGAGGCGGUUUCUUGUUUACAGUUUCCGGAUCAUCCAAAUGACGGAGUCAUCGAGAAUCAAUAGUGUUUUUUUUUUUAAAAACAGGCUGACCUGGUUUUCGGAAGUAAGAGGGAGAAAGUGGAAGUAAAAGUAAUAUCUCAGGUAAAUUUCAGCGCCCGUAUAUUGUGCUGUACUCCUUUACUUCUGUCUUGUAGUCAUCGGCCCAGGCCGGUGGUGCCCGGGCCGGUGGUGCCCAGGCCGGUGGUGCCCGGGCCGGUGGUGCCCAGGCCGGUGGUGCCCAGGCGGUGCCCCUCUGAAGCAGCCCGAGUCCGCACACUAGCGCUCUGAGUAGCAGGUUAAAACAGUAGACAGCUUAUUUGGACGUACUGUUUAGAAGUGUAGUGUCUGGACGUAGCUGUGGUCGCUCGGAUUUAUUCCCUACUGGUCUGUAAACGAAUAGAGGAAGACGUUGUGCUGAUGAAAUUAUCCGCUGUGGGAUUAUUUAUUGUUUUCUGAGAGCAGGACAUGAAAGAGGGGUCGUGAAUAAGUCGUGCGUUUCGUGUCGUUUCUCAAGGCAUCUGUGAGUGAGCAGCUGGGAGCAGGUGUUCAUUUCUUUCUUUUUUUUAUUUUAUUUUGGCAAUUCUGUUAUUUGAAACCGUGUGGGAUAUACAACUUUUCCAAAAAAAAAAGAAAAAAAAAUGAAAAGAUUUUAAAUAAAUAGUUGUCAUUAUUAUUUCCAAUAUGUAAAUAUGUCCAAUAUGUAAACAUAUGUAUUUGUUCUGAGUUUGUUUUGGAUUUUUUUUUUCUUUUUGUUCUUUCCGGGCAGUUUUGUACACUUACUAAUUCCAAGAAAAUAUUUUAAUAUUUCAUUUAUGGAUUUGACCAUUUAUAUAUCUAUAUAUUUAUUUCUUAAAGUUGUUCGGAGCUUUCUGUUUGGCUCUGUUAAUUAUGUUGCAGUGAAUUACAGAUGUUUUUGUUUACUACAUUGGUUGUAUGUUGAUUGCGAAAUGUAGACUGCAAAGUCACGUUUAUAUUUAUGUUAUAGUAAUAUUUUAUUACUUACAUAAAACGUAUAUUCGAGAA